UAAGUAGUCUCAUUUCGCAAACGAAAAUACCAAAAUCGAUAAAUUUUCAGUUUCAAUUUGUGUUGUAGAGCAGUUAGAGAAGAGGAAUUUCAACACGUUUCCAUCCUUCAAACAGUGAAAAAUAGAGCCAUGUGGAAAUGUGUGGCAAUGUCUAUCACAUUGAAUAUUCAUUAAUACUUUAAUCAAUUGUGUUGAAAAUGAGUAAAAAGGUUGAUAUACAUUCCCACAUAUUACCAAAACAAUGGCCAGAUCUAAAGAAGAGAUAUGGUUAUGGAGGAUUUAUCAAAUUAUAUCAUCAUUGUCAGGGCAAAGCUGAGAUGUGGAAAGAUGAAACUUUGUUUCGUGUCAUUGAUCAAAACUGUUGGUGCUCAGAAACUAGAAUUACUGAAAUGGACAAAACAGGUGUAACAGUUCAAGCUCUUUCAACAGUUCCAGUAAUGUUUAACUAUUGGGCAAAACCUCUAGAUACCCUUGACUUGUGUAAAAUAUUGAAUGAUGAUAUUGCACAAAGAGUUGUCAGUCAUCCUAAAAGAUUUGUUGGCCUUGGUACUUUACCCAUGCAGUGUCCUGAGUUAGCUGUUGAAGAACUUAAGCGAUGUGUCAAUGAGCUUGGCUUUCCAGGAAUUCAAAUUGGUUCGCAUAUCAACGAUUGGAAUUUAGAUUCUCCUGAAUUAAAUCCUAUUUUUGCUGCAGCAGAAGAACUAAAUGCUUGUAUAUUUGUUCAUCCUUGGGAUAUGACGAGAAAUGAACGAACUGAAAAUUAUUGGUUACCGUGGUUAGUUGGAAUGCCAGCAGAAACUGCUACGGCAAUAUGUUGUGUUAUCUUUGGUGGAGUUCUUGAAAAAUUUCCGAAACUAAAAUUUUGUUUUGCUCAUGGUGGUGGCUCAUUUCCUUACACAAUUGGCAGGGUUUGUCAUGGUUUUGAUGUAAGACCGGAUCUUUGUGCCCAAAAAAACAAUGUUUCUCCGAGGAAUUAUAUCGGUAGAGUUUAUACAGAUUCCUUGGUACAUGAUGAAAAGGCCUUAAAGUUUCUAGUUGCUAUCAUGGGAGAGAUACGUAUCAACUACAAUGUCUUUUUAUUGUAUCCAAUUAACAGGAUAAAGUUUUGCUUGGAAGUGAUUAUCCUUUUCCUUUGGGGGAGCAUUAUCCUGGGAAGUUGAUCCACUCAACAUAUAGAGAUCAGAAAGAGAUUAAGGAAAAGCUAUUGUUUAAAAACGCUUUUGAAUUUCUUGGCCUUGAUGAAUCUAAUUAUUGAAAAUAAAUGAAUACAUGUGAUGGGAUAGCCAGAGAUAAUGGCUUAUAAAAACUUGGUGUUUUAUUCUGGAUUGAUGUAUGAUGCCUUUGUCAUUUGUGAAAGGCCAUGGCAAGUUGGUCUGCACUCUGCAGACGACCAUUUCUAUCGUUGCUUUUACAAAUCCUCUCAAGAUUGCUGUUUGUGUCCAUUUUCAAUUUUAGUUCACUCCGUUGCUGUGUUUUCUUUACUCAAAAAAAUCAACGUAAUAUUUAGUUUGGAAAAAUCAAUCUGUAAAAUAGACGAAUAAUUAUUCAAAUAUACUUUUUACACCAAAAA